CCCGGCUGCUCCAUCCACCCAUUCUUCCUCCUACCUACUCACCCACCUAUCCAUUCAUCCAACUCCGCCUUCCUUUGUGGGGCUGCUGUGUUCAAGGCCAGAGGUGGAAAGAGGGUUGAGCUGGAGGGCUUCACGGGCUCUCUCUGGAAAUGAAGGAGAGAGCAUUUUGGGCAGAGGGAACAGCCAGUGCAAAGGCCCGGCCGGAGGUAGAUGGUGACUGGCUGGUUCUGAGGAACAGCAUAGAGGCUGGUGUGGCAAAUAGCAGAGUGAGCAAGAGGACCAUUUUGGCCACCAAGGAGUGUGGCUUGUGUCCUAAAUAAAUCGAGGAGGAUUUUCAGCAGGGGGAGGUAAGAUGUGAUUCUGGUGUUUCUUGGAGGGAGAAAGCUCCAAAGAUUGGUACAGUGGUUCAGGUGCCCUGGACCAGGUGGUGGCUGUGGAGAUGGAGGGGAGGGGCAGGUCCAGGAGCCAGGAGGAUCUGCUUUGAACAAAGGUGCAGUUGGGGAAACAGGUGUGGCUGUGGGCCAGGCCUGUGCCGGCCACCCCCUCUCUCACCGCAGACCCAAGAAGGGCCAUGAAGGUGCUGCUCCUCACUGGGCUGGGAGCCCUGUUCUUCACCUACUACUGGGCUGACAACUUCGACCCAGCUAGCCUUCAGGGAGCCCGGGUGCUGCUGACAGGGGCCAGUGCAGGCGUUGGGGAGGAGCUGGCAUAUCACUAUGCCCGUCUGGGCUCCCACCUGGUGCUCACUGCCCACACCGAGGCUCUUCUGCAGAAGGUGGUAGGGAACUGCCGGAAGCUGGGCGCUCCCAAGGUCUUCUUCAUCGCUGCGGACAUGGCCUCCCCUGAGGUGCCGGAGCGCGUGGUGCAGUUUGCGCUGGACAAGCUGGGCGGGCUGGACUACCUCGUGCUGAACCACCUCGGUGCUGCCCCAGCAGGCACACGGGCGCUCAGUGCCCAGGGGACAAGCUGGCUCAUGCAGGUGAACUUCUUGAGUUACGUGCAACUGACUUCGUUGGCGCUGCCCAGUCUGACGGACAGCAAGGGCUCCCUGGUGGUGGUGUCCUCGCUGCUCGGCCGCGUGCCCACAUCCUUCUCUAGCCCCUAUUCAGCGGCCAAGUUCGCACUGGACAGUUUCUUCGGCUCCCUGCGGCGGGAGCUGGAUGUGCAGGAUGUGAACGUGGCCAUCACCAUGUGCGUCCUGGGCCUCCAGGAUCAUGCCUCAGCAGCCGAGGGAGUCAGGGGUGUCACAAGGGCCAAGUCAGCCCUGGGACCCAAGGCAGCCCUGGCUGUGAUUCGCGGCAGUGCCACGCGCACCUCCUGCGUUUUCUACCCGUGGCGCUUCCACGUGCUCUGCCUGCUUCGUACCUGGCUGCCUCACCCAAAAGCCUGGUUCAUCCGCCAAGAGCUCAAUGUCACUGUCACUUCUGCUGUCUGAGAUAGAGGUGGAGCUGGUUGGUGUUCUCAGAGGGGGACCCUUCAUCCAGCGAUCCUGAAGGCGGGACACAAACAGACACACCUCUGGGAGGGUGGCCACGACUAAAGAUACUGUCAUCCAGACAAAAAGGGAAAA